UGAAUCAAGUGUGCCUAAACUAUUUAUGUGACACAAAAUCAGAUCAAGCGGUUAUAUCUGUCAGCACUAGUACCAGCAUUUAAUGAUUUAUUCCUGCGAUAGCCCGGCGCUACACCACUGUAGAUCAGUUUACAGUGUUAUAUACAUUUUGUUUUAUUCAGUACAUGUCACAGUGCACGAACAUAUAGAUACAAAUGACAUGAGAUGAGAUAAUGACAUCAAAUGAUAUAUUUGUCCUGUAUGUUUUCAGUUGAUGUCUAUCCUGAAGCCAGCUGUGAUAAAUGGAGUACUAAUGGAACGAUAAAGCAGGAUUUCGCACUCCAUUAUAACCAUAGCCUUUGUUCCCUUUGCUCUCUGUGUAUUUAACUAAUCAAACAGGUUAAUUGGGCCAUAUUCGUGUCGUGUGUAGAGUUAAUCCAAUCCAGCCCUGUGUUGUUGUUUCCCUCUGUUCGACUUUAAGAGCUCAAUGGGCGGUCCUAGUGCGCAGACCAAUGAAUCGCCUUCUCUAUUUAAAUAGUCCUUGAUGUCAACUUUUCUUCUUCACUCGUAGCUCCCUCUAACGCCAUGUUGGCUGUUAUGACUUGACUUGUUGUUUUCAUCAGCCUUACUACGGACUUGACAGGAGUGGCUCUCUUAAAACGCCCCUGCCCCCUUUGGAGAAGCUUAAUUCCUUCUUUUUUUUUUGCGCGGACGCGUUUUGGAUGAUACGCGCGGAGUAUGCACGCAGCAUCCCCGUGACUUUGCAUUUGAAAGGAAUACUACUUGGAAAUAGAAGUUUGAAAGGUUUUUUUUUUUUUACUUCCCCACAUUGUCUAUAUGUGCAACAAAAUGUCAGAUGUUCGCCUUUCUACCGCGAGCCCCACAUUGGAGAGGGUGGAUGCGCGGCAGCCGGAAAACGCGAGACCCUCGGUGCGCAGAAACCUUUUUGGCAAACCGGACCCAGAGGAGCUAAACAGGCAUUUACAGUCUUUUGCACAGGAAGAAGUGGAGCGUUUUACGGAGACGUAUAAUUUCGACCCCGUCAACGACAGACCGCUCUCCCCGCGCAAUUUCGACUGGGAGGAGGAGCGCGACGCACCGGAGUUUUACACCCGGCAGCCUCACACGAGACCCCAGCGAGAGGAAGACCUGCCCGGACACAACCACCAGGAGGGAGCCGAAGGGAGGUCGGAUCAACCGGACACACUCGGUUCGAGGAAGAGGCGUUCAGGAGCUUCAGGUUCCUGCUCCAGCGAAUGUCCUGGUAAAAGGUCGCAUACCGAUGAAGAGGAUGAUGAAGACCAGUCGGACAGUGCAGGAAGUCAGGCGGUGAAAUCCUCGGAGGAGAGACCCAGCACGGAGGUUAGAACGGAGGCCAAGUGAAAAACAGUGCCAGAGCGGGGAGACCUGUUGCUGAUGGAACACUGUAGCCUAGUCAUCAUCUGACAGAUGAGGGUGAAAAUAAAACGCAGCCUUUUCCUAAAGAAGGGAGGAGGAGAGGCUGCACAAGCACUGAAUAUGUACACUAUCAAGUUUUGGCACACAUUUCAAUUUAAAUGGCCUCAGAAGAAGCAGACAAUGUAGCAGUGUGCAAAUGGAUUUUUGCUCAUUUUUUUUUUUUUUUUAAAUCUACUACCUAUGUUUCAGAUGUAGCA